UUAGGAGGGACAAAAAUGAAGCAAGAAGAAAACCUCCCAUGGAAAACGAUCUGACAGAGUAGUAGCAGAGGAGAAGAAAAUCGAACGAGUAAAAGCAGAAGAGAAGAAGAUAUGGAUUUUAGUGUUCUGAAUGGAGCAUUGGCUUCCAAAUCCUUCGACAGGAUCGCUGAUAUAUGCGACAAUCUCAUGCUUCAGGUGGCAGCGGAGGGCGUUGCUUUCCAAGACGAAUGGCCUUUCGCAAUUCAUCUUCUCGGCCACAUCUACGUUGAUGAUAUUAAUAGUGCAAGGUUUCUUUGGAAAUCAAUACCUGCAGCAAUCAAGGAGAGCCAACCGGAGUUGGUUGCAGCCUGGAAAAUAGGUCAGAAGCUGUGGACAAGGGACCAUGCUGGUGUCUAUGACGCAAUUCGUGGCUUUGAUUGGAGUCAAGAAACACAAGUUCUUGUUGCUUCUUUCUCAGAGCUUUACACUAAGAGGAUGUUUGGACUGCUGCUAUCUGCUUAUUCAACGAUAAGCAUCCAAGAUGCAGCUCAAUUUCUUGGAAUGAGUGAGGAUGAUGCCACAAAUUAUGUACUACGGCAAGGUUGGACAGUCGAUCCUGCUUCUCAAAUGCUAACUGUGAAGAAGCAGGCUAUUGUGAGAGAGCAGAAAUUAGAUCCUGGCAAAUUGCAGUGCCUGACGGAAUAUGUUUUCCACCUUGAACAUUAAAUCAUAUUUGUAACUUCUGAGCUUUCGAUUGCCUUGUUAUAUUGAAUUCUUUAAGAAGUUGAAACAAGUUAAUGCUUCUCAUAUUUUUCUAAAUUUUGGGGAGCUUCUUCAAACUUCGCUUAGUUCAUCACCUAUCAUCUUACAUGCCCA